AUAAAAAUGGCGUCCCGCAACGACUAUUUAGUCGGAUGGGUUUGCGCACUGCCGGUAGAAGUCGCGGCAGCCAAAGCAACGCUUGAUCACAUUCAUGAUAAUCUACCUCCAGAUCAGAACUUAGACGACAGCAACAACUACAUUCUAGGGAGUCUUCAAGGCCACAAUGUUGUGCUCGCGUAUCCAAAUUUUGGCGUGUAUGGUGAAAUGUCGGUGGCGAGCGUGGCCACCCAGUUGCACGCGAGCUUCAAAUCUGUCCGGUUCACUCUGAUGGUUGGCAUUGCGGGGGGAGUUCCGAACACGAAGGAGGAUAUUCGUCUUGGCGAUGUCGUUGUAAGCAAAUCGACAGCUGGCUGGCCAGGUGUCGUCCAAUACGAUGUGGACGGGGAGCCAGUGGAAGAUCAAAAUCAGUUGAUUCGCAGCAGAACGCCAGAUCAGCCAACACCAUUACUUCUUACAGCUAUCGGAAAGGCUGAGACUGCCGCCAUCUUCGAUGAAAGUAAGAUGGCCCAAUACAUCUCCGAGAUUGUGCAGAAAGACCCUGUCGCCUUUGCCCACCCAGGCCCAGAGCAAGAUGUUCUCUUUGAGCCAGAUUAUGAUCACACAACUAUUGAGUCCGAAGAAGAAGGAUGCAAUUCUUGUAACCCGGAUAAGAUGCGGUCACGGCAGCCACGGGAGACACAGGACCCUACAGUUCAUUAUGGCCUGAUUGCCUCGAGCCAAUAUCGGAUACGCCACGGAGCGACUCGGGACAAGUUGGUGCAUAAGCAAGGCGCUCUAUGUUUGGAAACGGAGGUGAGCGGCCUGAAGGAUGCCUCCAAGUACUUGGUUAUCCGAGGAAUCUGCGACUACGCAGAUUCACACAGUUCCAAGCUCUGGCACGCCUACGCCGCUGCUGCAGCUGCAGCAUAUGCAAAAGAGGUCCUUUCGUUCAUCCCCACGGUUCCCAAGACGACACCUCUGGCAGCAAACACAUAUGCCGAGGCCGCGCCGGUCCUUGACGCUUUGCUCCUAACCAGACCCGAAGUUGACCGAAAAUCUCUCAUCACUUUGAAAGGACGCAGAGUUAACGGCACCUGCGAGUGGCUCAUACAACACCCCAGCUAUCAAGGGUGGCUGGCAGACGCCAAUCUACCAAUCCUCUGGAUUUCAGGCGGCCCUGGAAAAGGGAAAACCAUGCUGGCAAUUUAUAUAACCGAGGUACUACAGCCGAUAGUUGACGCUGCCGAAGAUGUUCUCCUUUACUACUUCUGUAGUAACCGCGACAAGAACCGGAACACCGCGCUGACUAUAAUGAGAGGCAUCAUACAUCAAUGGAUAGACCGCCAUCCACACCUAGCACAAUAUGUCAAGAGCUCCUUCGAGGGAACUGAAACAACUAAAUAUACCGUUUCCAGCUUUGUUUCCCUGUGGAGAGUGUUCCUAACCCUGCUUCGACAGAGUAAGUCUUCACAGGUGGUCUGUGUGCUGGACGGUCUGGAUGAAUGCGAAAAGGAAUCACUUAGGCAGCUUCUCGAUGCCGUUGGGAACUAUUUGUCGAACUCUCAGGAAAAGCCAAGGCCACGACUGAAGCUCAUUUUUCUCUCCCGACCCCAGCCAGCUAUUUUGGAGAGAACCCUCGGCCAAUAUGAGCAGAUCAAGCUGGACGCCUCUGGUACAGAGAUUUCGCGUGAUAUCGAAAGAUACAUAUUCGCUAAAGUUACUGAACUGGCAACCGAACAAAAACUCUCAGAAGAAAUGGUUACCCAAGUUCAACAGGCCUUGUUGGCUGGCGCUGAUGGUACCUUUUUGUGGGUUGGAUUCGUUGCCAAUGAGCUUCAGGGCAGGAGUUGGGACAAAAUCAAUGAGAUUCUCCAUCGUGUUCCCAAAGGCCUUGGUGGGGUCUAUCAGCGGCUGCUUCAGCAAAUCGACGACAAGGAAGCGCUGAUCCCCAUUCUUCAAUGGGUUGUCCUUGCCGCCCGGCCCCUCACAGUGGAUGAAUUGACAGUGGCUACAGGGAUCAAGGCAUCUGGUAGCUUGACGGCAGUUGAAUUAACCAAGAAUCGGCUCAGGCUCUGCGGAUUACUCGUGAAAAUUGAAGGAAAUGUAGUCAACUUGGUCCACGAGUCGGCGAAGGACUUCUUUCAGAGCAAUCAAGUCAACAUAAAAGGGAUCAGUGGGUUCCGUAUGAGCCAUGACACCCACAGGACUCUUAUGCGGAUCUGCCUAGAACACGUCGAACGUGCCUGGGCUAAGCUGUUAAUCAGCGAGCAAGCCCGUGCCAUUUCGCGAAAGGACAACUAUGGCCGGACGCCGCUUUGUUGGGCCGUCAACCGAGGUCACCGAGACAUGGUGGAAUUGCUGCUUGAUCACGGUGCUCGUGUUAAUGUCAAAGAUCGGAGCGAUUUGACGGCACUCCACAUAGCGGUCACCGGACAGUACAAGGACAUCGUGUCUGUACUGAUCGACCGAGGUGCCCGUCUCGAGAGUAAAUCUGAGCAUGGCGACACGCCACUAAUUCGAGCUAUCCAAGCGAAUUCGAGGGAAAUCAUCCAGAUAUUGCUUGAACGUGGAGCGUGCGUGAGCAAAUUGCCAACUCCUCCAGGAGUUACUUCCCUGAGAGGACCUACGGAACCCAUGGAAGAACGGGUGGAGGAGCUAUUGGGACUCCAGGAACCAAUUUUCCUCGCACGAUAUAAGCAAGCGUCGCGAAACGUCGACAUGGUCAUGAAGACUAUGGGCCUUUCCUUCCGCUUUCCCGUCAUUCUUCGAUUAGUGACGCUAUAUCUGAAAUUUAUAGCGCUCGAUCGCUGGGAGCAUAUGUCUGUACUGCAGGAACUCGUUGACGAGAAUAGAACCGACGAACUGCGAGAAUGGGCCGAACAAUAUCGCGAGUUCUUCGUCCAGCUGGUUGUUGCCAGGAACCCUAGAAAUCUGACGGCCAUGACCGACCUGCCGACGCAGAUAUUUCGGGCGGUGGCUCCUGGAGAUCUUCAAGCAUUGCUGGUAAUCGCGGUCCUCGUCGGCUCGGAAGCUAAACUCGCAGCUGUUCGACAAGGAUGGAGAGAAGGAGAUGCCAUCACAGCCAGGGCAUUCUCACAUUGGGCCGCCAUCGCCUACAACAGAGACGCAGAGGAGUACUUACACUACGGCGUUCGCGAGUUCCUAAGCGAUUUUGAUGCCUGUAUUCAAAGUGGCAACCGGAAAGAAAACGUGUCUCGCACGGUGGUCCUCUUGACAUCGCACUUCGCCAUGCUCGAGAACAAGGAACCACGGCCGAUCGAAUACUUCUCCAGGGUCAUCGCAGAAUUCUACGAAGGAUACAUUGGCGGCAGUCACGAGGUUGAAUUGUUCAGUGACGCGAAUCAGGCAUGUGCCAAUGAACUAAUCGUCAUCAGCGAAAGCCACGACUCCCAUGGAUUACUUCUCUUCCUGACUAGUAUCCUCCAAUUUGCUCAGUGCUCUCAAGAGAAGGGGCAGGACCGAUUUCUCAACAUACCGUCAGCAGCAUGCUUGAUUCUCUGUCAAGAGAAUGCCGCUGCCCACCGAUGGCUAAUUGGCGAGGCAAUCCCAGACACAUUUAGUGCCUUGAUAUCACAGCAACCCCCUGGAUCGCUUCAGAAGCGGGCAUGCAAAACCCUUGUGGAGUGCCUGAUUAUUGGAAAGCAAUAUGGCUUGGCACCGCCUGCGGUGGUACUGAGACAAAGACUGAAACAGCACCUGCACUUAUUGCCAGGAGUCGAAAAUAUGAUAAAGGGGAUCGUUGGUUUAUGA